AGGGCAGACGGAUUCUGAGCUGUCGGCAUCAGGUCGUGGUGACAUGGUACUGUGGGUCCAGCCUGAUGACGUGCCUGAAAUGGGAAGGCUGGUCGAGUUCACCAAUGCGCUGAUUACCCUCAUGAUGGAGCUUCCCCAGGAGAGCAUCCAAGCCAGAACGCAGCAGAUCACUGCCCUGUCGGAUGCGCAGCUCACCAGCUUCCCUGGAAGCACGGAGAACGAUGAUGCUCGAUACAUCCGCCACGUGGACAAUGAGGAUGGUCGAAAUGGACGCCUCAUCACCUGCACCUUCUAUCUGAAUGAGGACUGGGAUGCAGAGAAGGAUGGCGGUGAGAUCCGCCUGUUUGAGCCAGACCAACAGCGAAUCAAAGCGGACGUUGCGCCGAAGAUGAAUCGUCUGGUCAUCUUCUUUAGCGACUCCUCGGUCCCUCACGAAGUGCGUCGAUGCCGCAGAGAGAGAUACGCUGUGACCACCUGGUACAUCAACCAGGAAAUGCAUUUGGCCUACCACCAAGCGGAGGAGGUGGGUCAGUGAGCGGCUUGAGCUUUGGUGAUGUCAUGAUGUCGUCAUGUCUGACGCGCGUCGCCAACGAAGUGCUGGUGGAUCUGUUCUUUUUGGUGCCCAAAACGGGAAAUAGCUUCACCAGGUGUUUCUGCCCGCAAAGAGAUCAUGUGGUUUGACGGAUUUCGGUGUGCGAAGUGCCGAUUUCGGAAAGGGAAUCGUUUUUUUAGCACACCGCAGUUUUCUUUGCGAAGAUGCAUCCAUACUAUGCGCGGAGCUCAGUGGGCCUAGUGUUUCAUCCCCGUGCGGCCGCCUGUUGAGAACUGAACCAUCCAAUCAGAGACGGUGCGCUGGCGAUUCACCGGAUGCAGUGGACUUGCCAUGUGCGCCGAAGUGGCAGUGGAAACUCCAACUCAGUUCUCAAUGGAAGGAGCCAUGGCGGCAAAGUUCCAUUUUAGUGGCCAAAGCUGCGAAAUCUUUGAGGAAAA